CACCUUCGGAUCGCUCUUCUUCCCCUCAUUGUCGUCCCCAUAGUCAGAGACAGGGAGCCGCCCGUGGAACGCGCAGUUCUGCUCAUCAGGAGAUAGUCUCUGCGUUCGAGUGGGAAGAGUUGGCUCUGCAGAAGCUGCCGAGGGACUCAACCCCGAGUAGGACGACUGUUCAUACCGCUCAGAAACAGAAGCUUCAAACCACUCAGGAACAGAAGCUCCACAUCACUCAGGAACGGAAGCUCGUGGUUUUAACAAAGCCGCCUGCUCCCCCUGUAUCUUCACCUGGGAACAUGUCGCGUAAUAGGCCGAGAGGCCCGCCGGUGCCCCGUGACAAUGGGCUGGCCGUUAACGAGGAAACGGACAUGUGGAACCGCAUCCUCCAGGACCUGCGCAAGGCCAAGGAGAAGAAUGACAAGCAGAAAGCCUUGUCGGAGCAAAUUACGGCGUUGAACGAGAAGAUUGGCAAAGAUGGUAGCAAGCCAAGUCUCGCCGAGCACAAUCAACUGGACACACUCUACCGGCAGAUGGCCAAGUUGUGCGAAGAGGAGCGGGCCAUCCUCCAAGACGAGCCCAGCGAUGUCAUCAAGAACCUGGGCCUUUUGACCGCCCUCCGUCAGGCCUCCGAAGCCGAGGCCCCGCUCGCUCGAGCCACGGCGCUGUCCAAGUCCCGCAAGAAGCGGAACGACAUGGACAGCUCGGCCACGGACUCCCCCGGCCCCUCGGGCGCCGUCGGGUCGGACAAGGCCAGCCGCAUCAAAGGCGGUGUUCAGCGGAGCACUAGCGUCUCGAGCACGCAGGCCCGCGAGGGCCGCGACAGCCGUGACAGCGUGUCGGUGAAAGCGGAAGAGGGCACCGAGGGCACCAAGGGCACGCAGGCCGAGCGUAACGGGAUCCUCUCCAUCGGCGCCGAGGUGGUGUUCAAGCACAACAAGAACAAACAGGGAGUGGAGGGCGAGGGGAUCCAGUGCAUCAUCAAACAGAUCUCUGGCGACGGCCAGAAGAAACGAUAUGACGUCCAAGAUCCGGAGCCAAAUGAAAAUGGUGAACAGGGCGCCGUCUACCGGACCACUGCGGCCUCCCUGAUUCCCAUCCCCCGCGCAGGGACGACCCUGCCCUCGUACACCACGGGGAAACAAGUCCUAGCCCGGUACCCGGACACCACGACCUUUUACCGAGCGGAGGUGAUGGGUCUGAGAAAGGAGGCCUACCGUCUCAAGUUCGAAGGCGAAGAAGACGACAAGGAGAUGGAGGUGGACCGCCGGUUCGUCCUGGACAUUCCCGGAAAAUGACGCGUUAUGAAGGCGUAUGAACUUGUCCUAUUUGAUAUUUUCCUUCUUUCCUAUCUUUUUCAGGUAUCUGGGGAGUACGGUGAUACCCAUUGAAGGAUUUACUAUUAUUAAUGUUUCGGUUUUUGGCUAUCCUCUAGUCGGCGGGGUUUGAACUGCGUUACGGAGUUUGGGGUUGAAUGUCGAGCGAAUUGUCUUUCUAGCAGUGCUGGUUUUUGAGAUCAAAUUGACGCUGGAAUAUCAA